CUUACCCACUCCAUACUGGUCCCCGACUGCAAGCCCAGCCUCAAGUCCACCCUCUUAGAAUCACGAUUGAUGCCUCUGGUGGCUUCUCAGUUAGAGGGACCUCGCUUUUGGCCCAUUCUGGGAUAUUCUGCAGGUUCCUACAUCAGGAAACCCCACUACUGAGAUACCAAGGAACUUGUAGGCUCACGUUUCGCUGGUUCUGCAAUCAUGUCCAGGAGGAAGAUGAGGGGACUGACACGGAUUGGGCGGAUGGUGAGCGAGGACCCUGACCUGGAUAACCUGCUGUCCAACCUGUCCCCUGAGGAGAUGGAGGAGCUAGAGAAGGAGGUGCUGGUGAUCCCUGACCUGGGUCCGGACGAGGGCAGAGUCUUAGAACAGCCUGUUACAAACGUCGUCCGCGACAGUGACUCUAAGCUGGACAGCCGAGAGCGCCCUGGCAGGGUCAGCCAAAAGGAAAAGUCAACUGAGGCAGAACCCAAGAAGGAGAGCCGGAAACAAGAGUACCUGAGGAAGAUGGGCCUCAGUCAGGAGGGGAAAGAGGGAGAGGGCAUCCGGAGGCAAUCAAGUAUAUCAACUGACCCAGAAAACAAGAUGGAGGACAGAAAUAACAGAGGACCAGACCGAAGCAAAGAGGACAGAGCCAGCCUGUCCAACAGAUACAUGAGAGGGGACAGCAAAGACAAAGACAUGAGAGGGGACAGCAAAGGAAUGAGAGAGAUCCCUGGAGACAGAUACAGCCGAGGGGAGGCUAGGGAGGGUUUGGAGAAAGUGGAGCCUAAAGACAGAGAGAAACACGAGGACAGCAAGCUUGUGGAGAAAAGAGACAACAGGUUGAGCACCAGUAGCAAGACAAAAGACAUGAUCACCAAGCUACAGGAGAAAAAGGACAAAGAGGAGAUCAAGGAGAAAGAAAGAAGAGAGGAGAGUAGGAAAAGAGAUGAUAGCAAAACCAAGGAUCUAAUUUCCAAGCUACAAGAGAAAAAGGAGAAGGAGGAGAUGAAGGAGAAAGAGAGGAGAGAGGAGAUGAAGAGAAGAGAUGAGAACAAGACAAGGGGACUUGUGUCCAAGUUUGUGGAAAAGCAAAGUCAGGUGGAAGAGAACAAAGCAGAAGACAAGAAACUUAGAGCAGAUGAUGACAAGCCUGAGAAGCGCAAGUCGGACUUGAAACUUGAGCAACGAAAGUCUGUGACCGAGAAUGACAGUGGAAGUAAGAAGCAAGAGGAAAAGGAAGAUACUAAGGAGAAAGUAAAAGAAGAUGGUAAGGGGAAUAAGAAAGAUGUGGGAUUGAAAGGUAAGGAAAGUAUUGAACAGAACAAUCGGAGGAGUAUCAGAGAUAAUGAAACGGAUGACAAAGUAGAAGCAGAGGAGAAAAAAGGAAAAGAAUCCACUGAAGGACUGAAACCCAAUAGGGCUGAGGAACAACAGGGAAACUGUGUGGCCAAUAAGAUCUCCCCUAGCAAGACUAAAGUUGAAGAGGAGGAAGACGAGGACUCCAGCAUGUUUGAUGACCUCAUGGAGCAGGUUCGCGGCAACAACCCCACCUUGACAGAGCUCAACGUCAACAACUCGGAGGUCAUCAAGGCCAAAACGCUCAUCCAGUUCGCUGAGGCCUUGAACAACAACACUCACGUUAAGACUUUUGCCUUGGCCAACUGUCGUGCUGAUGACCACGUGGCUUACGCCAUCGCGGGCACCUUGCGCACCAACACGUCCAUCGCAAGCAUCAACCUGGACUCAAACCAUCUCACCCCUAAGGGCAUAAUGGCCCUAAUUCAGGCCCUGCAGAAAAACACAACACUCACAGAGCUGCGCUUCCACAACCAGAGGCACAUCUGUGGAGGUAAGACCGAGAUGGAGAUGACCAAGAUACUGAAAGACAACACCACCCUCCUUAAGCUGGGCUACGGCUUUGAGCUGGCUGGCCCACGCAUGACCAUGACCAACAUCUUGAGCCGCAACAUGGACAAGCAAAGACAACGGCGCCUACAGGAGCAGAAGCUGGCCCAGGCCAAUGGUGACAAGAAGGGAACACUGGAGGUGCCCAAGACUGCCGGGGGCUUCCUCAAGGGUUCCCCCAAGGCUUCCCCUAAACCAUCCCCACACCCCUCACCAAUCCCCUCCCCGAAGUUGACUCCAAAAAGAGGACCAGGAGGGGGCCCUCCACCACCCCCUCCUCCUGGGGGCCCACCCCCUCCUCCACCCCCCAUGCUGGACAUAGACUCGCUGCGUAGCUCCCUGACUCCCACAUCACAGAGGAAGAUGGAUGAUAAAACCAACAAAGCUGGUGGGACGAACUCCAGGGACCAACUGCUGAACUCCAUUAGGAAUGCCAAUAUGAAGAAACUGAAGAAGGUCGCGGUACCAAAGCUUUUGCAGUAAUCCCCUGGGAUGGAAAGUGAAAGCCAAGGAAGUGAAAGGACGUAGAGCUCUCGGGUGGUCUUGAGCAGGAGAUCAAAACUCCUAGACAUCCCACAGACAGUCAGACACCCCGUCUCACCACUGGUCUUGCGGGAUGAAUCAGUCAGGCAAGCAGAGAGUGAAUAGUAAGAUUCCUAUCAAAUGCAGUUUUCACUGUGCUGUCAGUUCUCUCUUUAAACUACGUACUGGACCACUGGGAACCCAUAGACAGAGGAAGAGGGGGUUCUGCAAUAGGAUGCCCUGAGGUCCAAGGUGGCUGCCUUUGUCCUUGUUAAUGCUUUUGCCUGUCAUUUGCACUAGAUUAUGAAACUGUUCAUAUAGUAUGUCAUCAACAAGCAUAUGUGGUAUGAUAUGUAUGAUGGGAGGGGUGCAGUAACGGAUGCACAGUUCACAUUUUUCUCUGUAAAUUUAUACAAAACUAACAUUCAUUGAAAUAUUGGAUGGUAAUUUGACAUUUUAUUUAUUUGUGGUGAAAAUUACGUCAUGGCUUGUCACUUGGAAUUUUGCCCAAAUUGCUGAUUCUCCAUGGCAUAUUAUCAGGGAAUUAAAAUGGGGUUGGACUUCAAUUCACAAGGGGGAGAAAAGGUGGUUUGUGUCAUUGCCAAAUCUCAAGACUGACAUCUCAGGCAAAGUUUUACACAUUAUAAGCAACCUAAAAUCCCAGUCUUCUUUAAAGACUCAGGAAGGAAGUUCAGUCUUAUAUAGAUGUACCGCAAAUAUGGUCAACCUUUCAUUGAUAACAAUGGUAGGUAACAUUUAGUAAUAAGAAAAUUUUCGAUCAGUAUAUUUUAAUAGAUUUUGCUAUUAAAAUAUAUUGUGCUAAGUGUUCUAGUAUUCUAAGGAACAUUUUAUUUUCAAAAGCAAACAAAUCAUAGCAAAUGAUGUACAUCAACAACACAAAUAUGUAUAUUCCUGGCCAAAUUACUUAGUCAAGUUUUAUUACUAAAGAUUUCAAAACAGUUCCUUCAAUUUUACUGACAUGGCAGAGAAAAAAAGAAAACGUUUUUUAAGUGUUAUGUUAUUGUACAGAGUCGCUUGCUGCUCUAAAAGUGACUAUUGACUAUUUGUAUGCAUAAUGUGAUUUCUCUGUCAUAUUGGACACACAGAGCCUGUAUACUUGUACUAAAAAGUACUGGUAUGUUUGCAAAUGAAAGUGUAAUAUAAUAAACUUGAUUAUAAAAAAAACUUCAUAAUCAAGAACAUCUUAAGAAUAAAGGGAAAAUACUUUGUCUAACAAUAGCAUACAGGAUGGAGUAAUCUUUGCAUUAUCUCAUGGUAAAUAAGUACAGUAAUGAUAUGAAGAAAAGCUAACUGAUACUUUACAGCUACUGUAUUAUUUCAUUGUUUAACUUUUUUUUAAAUAAUUUUUCUUUCAGAGGGAUGUCCCUGGUUUUUAACUUGCUAUUUCAUCUUAACAAUAACCUUUCUACUGCAUGACAGAUAUUCAGUCUGCCAUGUACGUUUUCCACCUGGUUGACAGGAAUUAUGAAUAAUUUGUGAGCUGCAAAGAUUGAAGCUGAACAGGAAAGACGGUUUGUGACCAAAUGGACAAAUGUGUGUUCCAUGCCAAAGAUACAAUGUCAAAUAGAUCUUAAUAAAAGGUUUGUGUACAUA